AUGGUCUCGACCUCACCCCAGAAGACCGCCGACCCGCCCGCCGAAGUCGAAUCCCUCAUGAAGUGGGCCAUCCGUCAACGCCUGAUCAAAAUCUUCGUCGGCCACGAAGUCAAGCCCUACUUCCUGCAAGAGAGCACGCUCGUCAACUCCUCGACCUACUUCGCCCGCGCGCUCGACUACCAAGUCUCCCUCGGCGGCAACGAGCCCGGCGUCCUAAACUUCCCCGACGAUAACGAGUACAGACAAGCGUGGCAGCAGCUCCUCUUCUGGAUCAUCAACAAGCGUCUACCGAGACACGCGGAAGAGCAAGAGGAACCCAGCGCCGCGACGACGACGACACCACCAGAGGAUAUCAUUCUCUGGGUGAAGACGUGGGUGUUGGGCGACAAGUACUGCAUCCCCCGCCUGCAGAACGCGGUGAUGUCGAAGCUGCUGCGAUACUUCCGGACGAAGCACCUCCCAGACGACACCGUGCACGUCAACACGAUGCUGCUGAUCAGCCCCAUCGAUACGCCUCUCCGGAGACUGCUGUCCGAAGAGGUGGUGAUUCUGACGCAGGACAAGGGGUUCAAAGCGAAGGAGCUCAUGCCGAGUGAUGGGACGCCGGGGUUGAGUGCUUCUUUGUUGAAGGCGUUUUCGGACUAUGUCGCUUGUAGGGAGGUGUUUCCGAGGCAGAGCUCGGAGACGAGGACGAAGGCGAGGCGGGAGUAUAUGGUUGGGGAGGAGUAUGAUGAAGAUUGGUUGGAGGAUGUGAAGAAGGUGAAGGCGAAGCGGAAGAGGGCGAGUGAGGAGUGA